AUGGACGACCCCGAGUUUCUCCAACUUUCUGCACGCCAGAGACGUACAGUCGAUCGCGCGUUCGAGCGCGGACUGCGGGCGAACAAGGGGCGGCCGUCCAAGCGGCGGCGGAUGACGUCUGGCCUAACAACAGGAACUGCAACCCCUGGAGCAAGAGGCUUCGUCGAUGACGGCAGCUUCGUAGACGAUCGUGGAGGUUCUGUACCAGAAGAAGGUGGUGGUUUUAUCGACGACAGCGGUGGCUUUACCCUCGAAGACGAUGCGGGAGGGUUCAUCCCAGACGAUGGAGCCGGCUUCAUCCCCGAAGAUGACGGGCCCGGCGGUUUCAUACCCGACGACGAUUCCGGCGGUGGUUUCAUGCCCGUUGACGAUUCCGGUGGUGGCUUCAUGCCCGACGCCGAUGCUGGCGGUGGCUUCAUGCCCGACUCUGGCCCCUCAGCUGGCCCCUCGACCACACGCAGCCGCGCGCACUCCGCGGACUCCAACGACGACGCCGAAGAGAGCAUCACCUUCGGCCUGAUUCCCACGCUCCUGAGCUCCCUUGGCCUCCCAUCGGACGAGGACGUCCUCUCCGUCUUCCGCGCGAUGGGUGAAGACGGCGUGCGGCGCAAGGACUUCCGUGCGGUCUGUGCUGCCCUGAUGCCGCCGGACGCUCAAGAGCCGGAAGAUGAAGAAGCAGACGAGGAUGAAAAGGAUGAAGAUGGUGACUGGGACAUGAGUUCCGGUUCUGACUCUGAUGCCUUUGCACCAAGCGACGAGAGCGACUUUGGCGCACCCAAAGGCAAGAGGACGACGCGACGCGCCAAGGCUCUCGAGGAUACUGGUGCGGCCCGACUGUCUACCCGUCAACGCGAGGCGGCGCGCGCGUUGUGGGCACUCAUAAAGCCCGACGCGAAGGGUACAAAUGGCAUUCUCUCUCGCGACGAGGUCAAGAGAUGGGCUCGGGAGCUCGGCGAAAUGUGGUCCGACGUCGAGGUAAGUCAUGGCAAGGACGAGCUGACCUAG